UCAAGCAACGGGUAUGCAUUCCUUGCGAUUGUCGCCCACUAUGUCACGAACGAUGGUCAUCAAGAGGAGCUCCUCAUCGACUUCCAUGAACUGAUCGGUGCUCACACGGGGGAGAAUAUGGCGCAUGCAGUGUGGGAAACAUUGGGUACAUAUGGACUGAAAGGCAGGGUGCGCCGUCUUCUCCUCUUCAUGUAUCCAUGUUGA